AUGACGAGUCUCUCCGAUAUACGCAACGAAAUCCUCUCCGACGACAUCCCCAAACGCCUCGUCAUCAAACAUCCCGACUCGCGCGUUCUCUUCCUCGCCAUCGACGUGUGGAGCGAACGCGCCUUCCUCGUCAUCGACAUCAACCAUCACGACUAUGACUUCGACACGGCGCACAAAGACACGGCCGUAUUCCCGGUCUGCGUGCUUCGACAGCGUGGGAGAGGACGCGACUGGGUCCUCAUCAGGUGGCCGAGGGAAGAUGAACCUCUUGCAGCGAUGCUAGCGGACCUCCAUAAUGUGAACGGGUCGGAUCCUAUCCCUUUCCUGGAAGAUCAUACCUCGCGCCUGGUGCAUGCCAGCCCUCGUGAGUUUCUGGCUUGAUUGGAUAUGGUUUAGUUUGCGAUUCGGGAACAAGACAAUACCCUAAUAGAGUAUGAUGAACCAAGAGGAAUAUGGAUAUCCACCUUGUAAUAUAAUAUCUGUGGUGUUU